AAAAAAAAACCGCAGCCCGGUGUCCGGCUUCCCUAGCUUGUACCUUGCUCUUUGGAUGUUGUCCUUUGCUCUCCGUUUUUAUUUUCUCCAUAAAAAUUAUUUUGCUUUGAAUGCUACAGUGAAGUUGGCUUAACCGUAGUCUUCGCCGUCUCCAAGAUUUCUAGGGUUUCUAAGUGAAAGCUAGUUUCAAAAUUUCGGGGGAAAUGGCGGCGGAGUUUAGUUCUGGCUAGUUCAGCUAAAGUUAGAGCGGGGAUUGUGGACUGAGAAGGAGUGAGUUUCGGAGAGAGAGUCCGGUAAGAGUGAUGGAAGAAGAUAUAGAGAUGGAGAUAGAGCCAGUAUUCGAUGUAAGAGAGAUCGAUCUUGAUUACGAGUUCGAUGCGGCUCGGUUCUUUGAUUUCACGCGCGAGGAAUCGCCGGAGGAGACUGGAGAAGCUGAACUUUGGUUCGAAUCGGCGCCGACUUAUCCUCCUUCUCCUUUUGUGAAAAAGUUGGUUAUGAGAGAGGAAAGCCUCCUGGAAGUUGUGACUACGUCCCCAAAAUGUGUUGAAGAAGAUACUAGUACACUACAUGAAAGUGAAGCCGAAAAUUUAACGGCCUUGGAAUUUUCAGCUGUGGGUGCCAUUAACGAAGGAAAUGAAGGAACUAACAGAGGGAUCUCCGCCAAUAUACAGAAAAUUUUACAAAAUGCACUGAAUCAAUCAUUUCAAUCAGACUUAACAACUUACAAUCACUUAUCCCGUGAUAAGUUAAAAGCUAAAUCUAAGAGUGCAAAACCUAUGCAAAGGAGCUCAACUCUUAUGAAACCUACUGCUAGCCAGUUAGCCAAACAAAAUUACCCCCUUCAAGCUGCCACAUCCAGAUUUCAGAAGCAACAGGCGCUAAACAGUAGCAGAAGCCUAGGUAAUUCUUCUGUCAUUGAAAGUCAAGCUGCAAAGAGGCAGAAGCUAGAGGGAGGUCUCUUGCGUAAGGUUGAUGAGGUGAAGCAGCAAACGGCUUUGGUCCACAAGCCACCUAAAAAAGAAAGUACCAAAGAUAGAAAUGCUAUCAAUACCGGGCUGAGGCUUACCAUUCCAAGGGAACCUGAGCUUGAAACAGCACACAGGGCUCAAAGAAUACGGCCUAAGAAUGGUACAGAGGAAGAACUUGUUACAUGUGUCACACAUAGAUUCAAAGCACGCCCAUUGAAUAGAAAAAUUCUCGAGGGUCCUUCAUUGCCUGUUCCAAAAAAGAGUGUUCCAAAGUUGCCAGAGUUUCAAGAAUUUCACCUGAAGACAUUGGAAAGGGCGGUGCAUCUGUCAUCAGCUGUAUCCUCCUCAUCAAUACAUACCAAUGCUGCUGAUAAGGGGCUUGAAAAACCUUGUACAAUUUCUGCUAAUGGCAAUGGAAUUAGAGAAGCCAGAAGACCAAGUGUCAUGGAUGCCACUAGCCAGGAUGUCUGUGACACGAAGUACAACUUCAAAGCUCGUCCUUUAAAUAGGAAGAUAUUUUCCAGUAAAGGUCAUAUUGGUGUUUUUCGAAAUAUAAAGAGGGAAACCACAGUGCCAAUGGAAUUUAAUUUCCAAACCGAGAAGAGGGUUCCGCAAAAUCCACCCAUCGACCUUUUUAGCAAGUUAUCUCUUACAUCUGAGCUCCAGCCAAGCAAUGGAUCUCAGAUGAAGUCUCCUCGGCCUACCUUUAUAUCUACAAAGAUUGGCCUGGGCUCAAAAGAAAAUAGAUUCACUUCUUUCCAACCAGAACACGAGGCGAGGCAUUUGAGAAAGGAGAAAACGCUUCUCUGGGGGAAAUAAUCACUGAAGUUGGUAAUCAAUUGAGCAUAAGGUAACAUUGGGGUCGUUAACACAGUAAUAUCUCUUUCGUAUUCAUUUUGAUAAUUGUAGAUUUUAGAGAACAUAUAACUCUACACAGAUUAUACAGGAGAUGGACAUGUUCCCUGAUAAUUUGCGACACCGACGUCCAACUUAAUAUGCUGCUGUUGAUUCGGGAUUUUGAAGGAUCAACACUUUGGCAAGUGCAUAGAUUUCUUUUUCUUGUUACUAGAAUUCAAUCUUUACAUCCAAAGGUACUGGCAUGUUAGAUGUGCUCGUGUGUGCUCCGAAUGCUUUUGGGUCACACGACUCACAAAGUGCAUGCUAAAACUCCCCCCAAAAAAAAGGGGGAAAAUGUUACACACAUUGUACAGCCCGAAUAUGUUGGGUGUACUUUCUUACCCUUUAUCAACAAAUGUUAAUGGCCAUUAAUCUAUCAAUCGUAUCCAAG